AUUGAACAGAGUGACAAACCCCCAUCAUUGUAUUUCAACCACACAAAGCUCCACUCCCAACCCAUCCAUGGCCAUAGCUCCUCUCUCCAACAUCAAUGGCAGCAAUCCAGGACUCCUCCAUCUUCUCUCUAAAUCAAACCCUAGCCUUCCAUCAAUUUCAUUAACUCACAAACCUAUGAGGUUCAAGGUCACGGCCAUGUCCCAAAGCAAGUCUCAUUGGGCCUCUAUCAAUGAAGAUCUAGUCACCCAUCUCAAGCAUUCCAUCCCUAUAAGGCCUCCACUUGUUGUCUUUGAGCCCAUGCACCAUUUAACCUUCGCCGCCCCUGAAACAACCGCUCCGGCCUUGUGCAUCGCCGCGUGCGAGCUCGUGGGUGGCCGCCGGGAGGAAGCUAUGGCUGCAGCAUCGGCCCUACAUCUCAUACACGCAGCUUAUUAUGCUCAUGAGCAUCUUCCAUUAACGGACCGGGCCAGGCCCAAGCCCAAGAUCAACCAUGCCUUUGGGCCGAACAUAGAGCUUCUCACUGGGGACGGCUUAGUGCCAUUUGGGUUUGAGUUGUUGGCCCGGUCCAAUGACCUCACGGCCCAAGAUAACUCGGAUAAGAUUUUACGUGUGAUCACUGAGAUCGCACGCGCAGCGGGCCCACAAGGGGUGAUCGAUGGGCAAUACUGUAAUUUCCUAUACACGCAAUCCAAUUGGAAGGAUUCAUCCCAAGUCGAGAUGAUUAAACGAGUGUCCGAAAAGAAGGAAGGUGAGUUACACGCGUGUGCGGCCGCAUGCGGAGCGAUUGUAGGAGGAGGAAGUGAGGAGGAGAUAGAGAAGCUAAGAAAAUAUGGUCUCUAUGUGGGUAUGAUAAAAGGAAUGCUAUAUGGGAUUGGGAGAAAUUAUGAGAAGUGUUUAGUGAAAGAAGAAGUUGAUAAGUUAAGAACAUUGGCCCUAAAUGAAUUGAGAGACUUCAAUAAUGGAGUUGAACUGGAAGCAAUAUCUAGCCUUGUUGAGGCUGAAUUAUGCAAUGCAUAGUGGGGCCAAUGGAUGCUUUAAUAUGAGAAGUAGACCAUGACAUGUGAAAUGGUAUCAUUAACGCAAAAAAAAAGGUGAACAACCCAAUAUAUGAGAUGUCCAAACUUCUGUAUUUUUCCUAGAAAGUUAAAGUGUUUUGCUUCCACCGCCAUCACUUUCUUCAUGGCCAAACAUGUUCUAAGAGAUGUAUUUGUUAUGUAUUAUAUUAAUUAAUGAAAGUAUUUGGGAACCUACUUGAUAUUUA